GACGGAUCGGUCCAUAUUCUUGCCUCUGCAACUUCCGGAGCCGUGUGCUUCCUCUGCUUUGCUUUUACACUCUUUCUCUUCUUACUCUCCCUUUGCUUGUCUAGCCGGGAGAUGGAGGAAGACGAGAAGACCUGCCGGGACUGCCGGAGCUGGGAAGAAGACAUCUACUGGACCCAUUUCCACUUCAUCCACUUCUUUCAGUUCCUCCAUGGCGAUUUCCGGAGCCACCUGGCCGUACCCAAGAAGUUUGCUGAGAAUAUGAAGAACAAGUUGGGAGAAAAUGUGUUCCUGAAAGGUCCCAGUGGUUCGAUAUGGAAGGUGGGUCUGGCGGCCGAGGAAGAAGGGCUUUUCUUCAAGAGGGGGUGGGAGGAGUUCGUGAAGGAUCAUCACCCUUUGGCGGAGAAUGAUGUGUUGAUGUUCAAGUACAAUGGGAACUCGCUGUUCGAGGUAUUGAUGUUCGAUCACUGGAGCUUGUGCGAGAAGGAGGCGUCCUACUUCUGCAAGAGGCGGGAGCAGAUGGAAAGGGACAGUGAGGUAGGGAAGAAGAGGAAGGCGAGGGAAGGUCCUGAGGUUGUUAUCGAGUCUCCCUUGCCCCAGGAUGAUGCUCCACGUGCUCCUGCAGAGGAGCCUGGGAAGCCGGAGGAGACUGUGCCGACCCCGACACUAAGGCAGCAGAGGACCGCGACUCGGAAGAGGGCUUCCCCUGGGAUGAAAACGAAGGCAAGGGAAGGUUCCGAGGUUUUUAUUGAGUUUCCCUUGCCUCAGGAUGCUCCUGCAGAGGAGCCUCAGCAGCUAGAGGAAACAGUGCCAACAACUACUGUAAGGUCCCGCAGGAUAGGGACACGGAAGAGGGCUUCGCCUGGGAUGAAGAGGAAGUCAGGGGAAGGUUUCAAGGUUGUCAUUGAGUCUCCCUCGCCUCAGGUUGCUAGUGCCCGUGCUCCCGUGGAGGAGCCUCAGAAGCCGGGGGAGACUCUGCCGACAGCGACAGUAAGUGAGCAUAGGAUCUUGACACGGAAGAGGGCUUCCUUUGGGAACAUUGGGAAGGCAAGUAGCUCGGCUGUGAUCGAUCAAGAGAAGAAGGGUGGUUCAUUGAAAAGCCUUUCUGUGUCUGGGAUUCCCCCAAUAAAAGAAAAAGUUAUGAGACGAAGAUCUGCUCGUGAAGGCUUGAGGUUCACGCAUACAUAUGUAUCAAGAAAAAUUGCUGCUUUGGGAAAAAGUCCGGAGCAAGUCCUGGCGAUCCAGGCAAUCCAGCAGGCCCAGGCUGCGAUGAAGAGCGAGAGUUUCCUGGUCGUGAUGCGACCGAGUCAUGUGCACAUUAACUUUUAUUUGUCGAUUCCUGUUGAGUGGGCGGACAAGCACCUGAGUCCAUGUAAUCAAAGAAUCAUCCUCCGCAUGAAGGACAGGACAUGGACUGCACUUUACUACUACACAUCUCGUAACUGUGGGGGAAUUUCUGCUUCUGGGUGGAGGAGCCUUGUCCUUGAAAACAACCUACAAGAGUCAGAUGUGUGUCUCUUCGACCUCGGGGACAGCAUAGAUGGCAUGGUUGUCUUAGACGUGACCAUCUUCCGGGCAGUCGAGAGUGCGACCCCUGCACUUACAGUUUCACAGGCUUCAGCGCCUGCCACUGACGGACUUGAAGGGAAUGUUUGUUGAUCUCCAGUUUCCCUCAUCUUCUUUUUGAUAUAGAUCCCCCUUCUCAGUUUGAUGCAGUACCCUAAUGCGGAUUCGGACUUCGGAACUAUAUCUAGAACAGUCUACUGACUCUGAAUCUGAAUCUGAAAAGACUUUUUCAUCAUAUGUAAAUUUUAUCCCUCUAGCUUGUGCA